ACAGUGCUGUUUCAGUGACCUAUGGCCUAGCGGCUUGCAACUUCCGGGUUUAUUGCCGAGUAAGACGAGAGGGAAGAGACUUGCAGAUCGAGUCGUCUGGUGAGAAUCUAGAAAAUGUCUGACCCGAUAUCAGUUCUAUCUACCAUCUUUAACAUUUACAAGACUAUAGCGAAGGUCGUGGAGGAGGUAAAAUGUAACAAGAAACGCUGUAAGCGGCUACAGGCGAGACUGGACAGUAUCGUGCCUGUUGUCAGUGACGUGUACACCCAGAUCGCAGACGAGAAAGUUAAAAAGUCGUACGUGAACGCCCUGGAACAGCUCCUGAGCUGUCUGAGGUCUGCCGAUACCUACAUCCAGACCUUUCGGGAGAAGAUGGGGACCAUUAAGAAGGUGUGGACACGGGACCAGGUGAAGGAAGACUUCGACGCCUUGAACCAGAGGUUGAGCGACCUCGUACCUGUCCUGACUAUGGGUAUGCAGGCCGAAACCAGAGGGAACGUUGACGCCAUGUUUAACGAAGAGACGAGAGGGAAAGAGGAUAAGGAAGAUGAAAACGAUGACUGGAAUGAGAUGCUGGUUCUCUUGAAGAAGAUGCAGACAGAUGGGGAAGCCAUGAAGCAGGAAAUGGACACCAGCUUUGAGGGGGUACGGGAUAAACUGGACGAACUGGACAACAAAAUGGAAGCGAAAACUGAAAAGACUGAUGAGGCAUUGGAAGAAAUUCGCAAGGGAGUUCAAAGACUUCUCGUUACAGAUUCGGGCAAACCGAACACCCACCCAGUGGACGAUCUGAAGCUCAUUACCAAGGACGAGUUGAUGAAUUUCAAGCUCAUCGAAAAGGGAAGCAUCGACACGGUGUACAAGGCGCAGUAUCAGAAGUGCGAAGUCGCUGUCAAGAAACUUAAAGUUCCAGACAACAGCGCCGAAUCUGAGAGGAACAUGAGCCUUGUUGUCGCACGGGAGCUCCGUAAGGAGGCGGAGAUCAUGAAGAAGGUGGAAACAGAGAACGUCGUCCGACUGUACGGGAUCUGUACCGACCCAGGUAACUACCUCAUCAUUAUGGAGUACAUGAUGAUGGGUUCCCUGAAGACCGUGCUGAAGAACACCGGCCUGCAGCUGCCCUGGAAGCGGCGGAUCCGCAUGGCUCUGGAGGCGGCGCGCGGUCUGUACGCCAUCCACAACGCCAAGCCGCCCAUGCUGCACAUGAACAUCUGCUCACAGACGUUCCUCGUCGACGAAGACCUCCAUGUCAAGGUGUCUGACUUCGGGUUCACCAAAACCCUGUCGUCGGCUGGCAGGUCAGGCCGCCGGAGGAGCACGCUUCAGUACGUCGCACCCGAGCAGCUGGCUGACAUCAACCACCCCACGGACUACAGAUGCGAGAUCUUCGCGUUGGGAAUCGUGAUGUGGGAAAUCGCCACGCGGGCGGAGCCCUAUGCAGGUAUGGAUGACAGAACCAUCAUGAAGUACGUCAUGAGAAACGGAACAGAACCAGUCCCGGAGGGAGCCGGAUGCCCCAGUCAGUACGGGGACAUCAUCGGCGACUGCAAGCAGCACGACCCGCUUCUCCGGCCUCUCACAGGCGAUAUCAUUGACAGGCUUCAGAUGCUGUACAGCUUCAUGUGAUGUCUCCAAUACGCGCAUGUGUCUUUGUAAAGCAUAUUUUAAAAAUCAUGUGGAGAGAUUGCAUCAGAGGAACAAAAUACAUGCAUUACGACCCCUGCCAGGGUCGAAAAAAUGACCAAAACUUGUUACAGCAUUAUUUACAGCAUCCAUGUAAAGAAAGUAAUAAACAGCACGUAAUGAAAAGAUCAGGUUUUGCCUUAAUUACUAAAUUGGAAAUAUUUCGGCAACAUCUAGAUUGAACAAUCAAAGUAUCAACACGUUAACGGACUCGCUCCUGGAUUUGGUCGCCGGACAGUGCCUUGGCAGCCGCACACCAUCCGGACAGAGCUGCUUCACUGUGUUUAGACAUUUAACAUGGUCACAGCAUCCUUGUAAAGAAAACUUUAUUCCACACAUUAUAAGUGCCAGAUAUAUAUUCACGCAGACGAUAUCAAUUAGAUAUGAGAUUACAUCUUCAAAAUCAUGGAAGUUAACGAAAACAGCAGCAAGUAUGAUACAUAGUAUGAGUCUAACUAAGCCAUAUAGAAAUCUCACUGCUACAGCAACACUUGAUUAGUUUCCUUUGAUGUUAUGGUAGUGUAAACAUUCUGAUUGUGUGAAACGUCAUAUGGAAUAUUACAUGCUGAGAUGCAAGUAGCCAAGGAAAUAUAGUUAGACUUAAAAGGCUAUGUACAAUGAAAAGUACUGACAGAUUCAGAACGCCAUAAAGUGAGGUAUAUCAAUAACAUUAAAAUAUGAAUUCCUAA